GUCGUUCCAUCCCGAGCUCAUGGACAAAUAUGUAACAUCAGUCAACUUGUCAAAUGUGAUGUACAGUUUCGCGUGUGCUCAGCAGUGCAACUGGAAUUCCUGCUGUCGUCUGGCGUGUCAGACAGGUCCUAUGUGCGAAAUUUACGAGACCAAAGUGGCCGGGCACUGGGCUGGCACGGACGACCCUGUGGCCUUGACCUUUGACACCUGCAUCACAAAAUGGGUCACGAAUCCCCGUUCAGUUCCUCCCAUCAAGACCUCUGCCUCGUCUACUAGCCAAGGAUCCGACACGAGGAAGGCCGUUGAUGGAUUUAUCGGUAGGAACGUCUCCCACUGCUUCUCCUCCGGCCAAGAACCGAAUCCUUGGUGGGUGGCUGACCUCGGGGGCGUCAAGCGAGUGUCCCAGGUGAGGAUUCACACGAGGCAGGAUGGUCUAGAGAGUCAGUUCCUCUCGGUGUUGGUUCGUCUCGGGAACUCCUCGGAUCCGCUUGCUGUUUCGAACGAGUCUUGCUUGUUCAGUUCGUUGGAUCAGGACGACCCAGGGAGCUUUGAAGGAAAUUCGACCAAUUUAGGGAACGCAACAGAUAUAGGGAAUACUACAGUUCCAGGGAAUUCGACAGAUCCUCCAGGAAACACGGUAGAUCCUUCAGCAAACACGACAGAUCCUCCAGGAAACACGACAGAUUCUCUCGGAAGCACGACAGAUCCUCCAGGAAACACGACAGAUCCUCCAGGAAACACGACAGAUCCUGCAGGAAUCUCAACUGAGCAAGGACAUUCAACAGGAAACCCAACAAAUCUACAAAAUUCAACCGAUGCUGGGGCGUAUGGUGGAAGUACAACAGAUCCUUUAGGAGCCUCAACAGAUCCAGCAAGUUCAGCGGACCAAACAAUCUCAACAACACAAGGUCUCAGAAAAAGACGCAAACGUAAUGCAGUCAGUCCAACCACGUCAACACACUCAGAAACCACCGAGUCCUUCGAUACAACUUCUGGGAACGCAACCGAUACCGAAAUUAAUACCUCGACAGCCUCGCCCGAUCUGGGUCCUCAGUGUGAAACCUCAAAUGAAACCAAGAACCACGUGUUUCGUCUCAAUCCAGUGAUAGGUUUCAACUCGGGAGAAGCCCCUUUAGCGGCCGAGGUGGUGUUCAGCCUCCCUAGAGCCGUGAGUGGGCGCUACUUGUCCAUCCAGAGUUUAGAGUCGGACCCGAAUAACGUGCUGACCAUCUGCAACGUCGAGGUGUUGGAGCAGCAGAGGGAACCGGUAAUGAGGAACUGCCUCGACGUCAGAAACAGAGUGAGCAAACAGAGCGGCGUCUACACCAUCUACCCGCACUCCUGCUGCCCCGUCGAAGUGAUCUGCGACAUGGACACCGACGGCGGAGGCUGGACGGUCAUCCAGCAGCGUCAAGACGUCCUCCCACGACAAGACUUCUACCGUCCUUGGCACGAUUACGUCAUCGGCUUCGGGCAAAAGCCUUGCGGCGAGUUUUGGCUGGGCCUCGAGCACACCCACGUCCUUACCAGCCAGACACCGAACCAGCUGAGGAUCCUUCUCGAGGACUUCGACGGCGCGAAGCGGUGGGCCAACUACGGUUAUUUCCAUGUCGGCGAUGAGGCCACGUCCUAUACCCUGACUGUGGCCAAUUAUACAGGCGACGCUGGCGAUUCCCUGACUUAUCAUAAUGGUCAAAAGUUCUCGACGAAGGAUAGGGAUUUGGACACAUAUGCAUAUAACUGCGCAGAGAGAUACCGCGGCGCUUGGUGGUACAGAAGCUGCCUCUAUUCCGGUCUCAACGGCGAGUACCUGGCUGGUCGUCAUAGUUACGUCUACCAAGGUGUCUAUUGGCUAACCUGGCGCGGCGCAUACUAUUCCCUGAAGACCGCUACCAUGAUGAUUAGACCAGCUAUUUAACAGGACUAUAGCGUUGUGAUUGUGUUAUUGUAUCUGUAUACUUUGAUCCCACGUUUCUCAUCAGCGUUCGUUAAUUAUUGUGUGUCGAUCCCAGUAUACUGAGAUUAUUUUAUUUGAUAACAGGAAAAUACUCUUCUAGCAUCACUUGUCGUCCAUAUCAUAGCAUCAUAGCAUUUUAUUGGCGCAGGUUCUUCAUUUUUCUUUUUUGUCGUGUUAUUUCUUGUAGUUGUUGUUGCUGUUUGUUGUUUUCAAAGCACUGACCAUCACGAAAAAGAGAAAAAAAAUUUGUGGAUCACCUCCAUAUUGAGUAAUAAGAAGGGAUAUUCAAAGCAAUUUUGAUUUGAAACGCACUUCUUACAGACAGACCAAGAGAAAUGUUAAAUAAGAGACGUGUCACCUUUGGAUCUGAAAUGUAUUUUAACAUUUAACUUUUUUUCAUGUCGUGUAAGAGUAUGCGACUGACACAUUUUUUGAGAGUUGAAUGAUACAUUUCUUUCUGAACUUUCAAUAACAUUAAAAAAUAGGUCCGCCAGUUUCCAGUCUAUUUAAAAAUAAAAUUAGAUCACUACCCAUGUUAACACUGCCGUUAAUAUCUGUGCAAGUAUUAGUUACAGCAUAUUACAGUGAAUGGAAUUAGUACACAUUAUCACAGCGUAUGGAAUUAGUACACAUUAUAUGUUAGUAUAUAGAAUUAGUACACAUAUAUCUUAGCACAUUAGUACACAUUAUAUCAGUGUAUAAAAUUAUUACACACUAUAUCAGUGUAUAAAAUUAUUACACAUUAUAUCAGUGUAUAAAAUUAUUACACAUUAUAUCAGUGUAUACAAUUAUUACACAUUAUAUUUAGUGUAUAAAAUUAGUACACACUAUAUCAGUGUAUAGAAUUGAUACGCAUGGAUAUACACUAUUCAUGUGUUGGCUUUUUGAACAGGAAAAAAGCUACAGAAAUAAAG